GUGACUACGUCACUUGGCAGACUCAGAUAUUCCCAGCCGAAGUGGUUCUUUCCUAUCUUCCUAUUUACGCUUUGAAUUAUGCCAUAUGCAUGAUGCAUCGAAUCUCGAGAGUGCAGAUACUAGCUUGCGCUCACUGCAUACUGCUUAGCGCCGACCGAAAGGGAUCAGGAAAGUCUAAAAGUCUCACCGGUUUACUGAUGGGCCAAGUGUCACCACAAGAACAAUAUUCAUACUUGCUGUGGUCGACAAUUUUAAAACAGGCUUAAGCGCGUUAUACACCCAUCGAGUUCACCACUCGCAGACGAUCAACAUGCCCCUGAUCCCAAGUGACCCCAGUUUGUGGUCACUCGACAUGUAUCAUGUUUUCAACUAUUUCGUAGUCGCGUCAUCGUCUGCUGUGGUGUACGACUGGGUACUGACAUUCGGUCAAGAGUACGAACUAAUCUGGAGGCAGCGCCGUUCCCUCAUGACUGCUCUAUAUAUUAUCGUGCGCUACGCUGGAAUACUAUACUCUGUCAGCAACGUGUUGUUAAAUCUCCCGGGAUUCUUGACGACAGACAUGGUAAGUAUUCUGUAGCUACAACUACCAACUGAUUACACUUCUACGUAUGUAGGGGUGAGUGGGAUUUUCGACCAGCUUGUCCGUUCAAUAUGCUGACUGAAACAGUUGUAAUAGUGUGAACCUCGCACUCGGGUGGGCAAUUUACGUCAUAAACUCCAUGCUGAAUGUCAUCAUGAUCUCUCGGUUACAUGCCAUGUAUCAGCAAUCCAGAAAGAUGCUGAUCUUUCUC